UAAAUUUUAAAUUGUUUCCAGAGUCCAGCCAUGGUAGCUCUGUAGAUUGGCACACAGACUGUGAUGCCCUUGAAAACAAUGCAUCCACUUUCAUUAUUGAGAAAGACCAGGAGCCCUUUGGCAAUGAGAUGGAAAAGGAACUUUUCAGCAGUGAAAGCAACAAGAAGCCCUCCAACCCUGAAAGCACCAAUAAGCCAGAGUCCAGCCAUGGUACCUCUAGAUUCGCACACAGACUGCAAUGAACCUGAAAACAAAGCACACACUUUCAUCAUUGAGAAAGACCAAGAGCCCUUGGUAAUGAGAUGGAUAAGGAUCUCUUCAGCGGUGAAAGCAUCGAGAAGCCCUCCAGUCCAGAAAGCACCAAUAAGCAAGAGUCCAGCCAUUGUAGCUCUGUAGAUUUGCUCACAGAAGGCGAUCAUCCUGACAACAAUGCACCCACUUCCAUAUUUGAGAAAGUCCAGGAGCCCUUUGUUGAUUGAUAAGGAAAACUCUUCAGCAGUGAA